AAACAUUGUUGACAUUCUACCAUAGAAACCAUUACAUCCGGUCAAAUUUGUUGCCCUUUUUAACACCAGUAUUUCCACUAAUAACACUCAACAAUGAGUAUUUUGAACCAAGGCAGAAAUGAAAUAAGAUUCAAUAAUGCAGAUGGAAGAUGCUUGCUUGAGAAUUGGGUAGAGGAGAGGGCAGUUAAUCCUUAUGAUUGUGUCGAAGAAGAUAUAAAUGUCACAAGUAGUGCUGAAAGAUUUAAAGAUGGUCAUAUAGGAAUACUCACAACAGAGUUAGAAGCCCCUGCAUCAAAACUAACAACAGUCAGAGAAUCUUAUAAAAAACCAGAACCUUGUGGAGUUCGAUUGAUGGGUAAAAAAGAACAAAUGAUGAGAGAAAUGUUUUUUGAAAAAGUUGGGAGGGAAGUUUUCAAUGAAGAGUUAGAAGCAUCACAGCCAGAACCCACAGACUUUAGAUCAGUUACAAAUAAAGAUUUCAAUAUUGAAGGUUUUAAGUCUGUACGACCUGAGCCUACAAAGAAUCACAAUUACAAAAAAGAUCAGCCUGUCACAUUUUGGUCAGAACACAAAAAAAAUGUACAUGGGGUUAGUUCAGAAAAAACAGGUGACACACCAUUCAGGAAAAAUGAUGCCUUCAGCAAACCUAUAGGAGAAUACUGGGAUGAAACACAGCCUUAUGAACUUGAAAAUUAUCCUAAAAUGUGAACAUAUAUACAUUGGAUAUUGGAUAUUGAAUAUUAAAAUGACAGUUAUGAAACUAUUAAGGAAGCAAUUGAAUUUUAAGACUGAGGUGCAAGCAUUGUCAACUGCCAUGUCAAAGAUUUGUUUUUAACAAUCAAAUAAAUUUUAUAAAAUAAGACAGAAGAAAGAGUUUACCUUAAUAACCCUCUGCAGUUCAUGACAGAUAAUGAAAAAAAUGUAAAUUAAUUACUUAGUUUUGGGGAAUGGGAUACAAAUAACUAAAAUACUAUUUGUAUUAUUUUGCAGAAUAUAUAUAUAAUAUAUAAUAAUGUUUUCUCAUUACUUCUAAUUUUUUAAACCUAGGUACAAUUUGACAUUUUUCGUAUAUAUAAUAAAACAAAAAGCUAUGAUAGUAUUAGAUCAAAGUUAACAUUAACAGUGCUUACUUUGAUCUAAUACUAUCAUAGUUUUUUGUUUUAUUAUAUAUACAAAAAAACAAUGUCAAAUUGUACCUAGGUUUAAAAAAUUAGACGUAAUGAGAAAAAAUGCUAUUUAUCGUUUUAACUUAUUUAUAUAUCAUGUUUUAAAUCAUGUGACAGAAUUUAUAUUUAAAAAAUGACUGAAAUAGAUAAUACAAGAAAAAUAAAAUAUAUAUGCCACA